UGGCUGGAAAAAAGUAUAAAAUAAGGAAAACUGAGACAAAUAGGUAUCAUGUCUUCAACAAAAUGCAUGCAACAUCCAUCAAUUGACACGACAACUGCCACGUUCGCUACAUGCAGAAAGUCAAGAAAAUGCCAGAAAACUGCAUAUAUACAUGAAAAAAACAAAGAAAAACACACAUCAAAACACCAGACUUUGAAUUUGUAAUAUUCUAUAAUUCUCUUCCUGUAGGUAGAAGAUGCCUGGCCUUACAAUAGGCGAUACAAUACCUAAUAUUCAAGCUGAUAGCACCCAUGGAAGGAUCAGUUUAUAUGAUUACUUCGGCGAUAGCUGGGGCAUUAUCUUCUCUCACCCGGGGGAUUUUACUCCCGUUUGUACUACGGAGCUAGGGAUGAUGGCUGCGAAAGCAGAGGAGUUCAGUAAACGUGGUGUGAAGCUAGUAGGAUUAUCUUGUGAUGAUGUUCAAUCACAUAACGAGUGGAUCAAAGAUAUCGAAGCCUUCAAUAAAGGGAAAAAAGUCACAUAUCCAAUACUGGCGGAUCCGAAGAGAGAGAUCUUCAAGGAACUGAAUAUGGUCGACCCCGACGAGAAAGACCCAUCAGGUGGUGCAGUGCCAUCGCGGGCAUUGCACAUCAUCGGUCCAGACAAGAAGGUGAAGCUAAGCUUCUUGUACCCAGCAAGUACUGGGAGGAACAUAGAGGAAGUGUUGAGGGUUUUGGAUUCUUUACAGAGGGCUACAAAACACAAGGUGGCGACUCCAGUGAACUGGAAGCCGGGCGACAAGUGUGUGAUCACACCGAGUGUGAGUGAUGAGCAGGCCAAGCAAAUGUUCCCUAAUGGCUACGAAACUUUGGAGCUUCCAUCAAAGAAGAAUUACUUGCGUUUCACUAAUGUGUGAAAGCCACCACCACGGUAUGAGGUUUUGUGUGGUGUUGAAUGAAAUGAUAAUAGUGGUAAACUAUAUUUUGUUGUCUCCUUGUUUAUAAAUGAUGAAGCAAUAGCUAUAUUAUAUGUAUAUGGUUUGCAACUACUUAGUUAUGUACUA